CGUAACUGAUGAUGGACGUUUCAUAAUUGUAAGAAACGUUAGAAUUACACAACAUGUCCGACUGAAUAAAACAAGAAUGCAAAGAGGGAAAACAAAUGAUCUUAAAGUACGUACCGGAUGGACACAUAAAUGGGUAUCUCCGAAUCGAAUUCGAAGAAAGAAAGAUCUUCAUAUUUGCGAGGUAGUACGCGGACCAUUUUAUUCGCCUAAAUUGUUAACAACCCAGCCAAUUAUUUCUUGUCAAGGACAAGUCGGAAAUAUUAACGAAAACUGUAACAACCUGCGACACGGUAUUCCAGAUACCUGGAAAGAAUAUUUAAUCAGAAAGGGAUUCUGUAAUUCGCUGCAGACGUGUUUUCAGCAGAAAAAUUUAAUAACCUCCUGCGUCAGAUCGUUCGCCACUGAAAGGAUAUGGAACGAGUUAGGAUUGCCCCUGAUGCAAGGCAUCCCGGAUCCAUGGAAAUGUAAAUUUCUUGUUCACAAACGAUCCGUUAAAUGCACGCGACGACGAGGCUGCAACAACGAUAAUUCCACACAAAUUACGUGUAUUUAUGACGGAGACGACGAAGCAGAAAUAGAACACAGUGUAAAGAGUCAAUUUAACGAGGAUCAUAUUGUCAAUAAGAAAGAUCUGCUUCAAGAGGAAAACAAAGAAUCGCGCAAGAAAAUACCGCUUCAAACGAGUAAAAGCAUUUCGAAAGAAGUUAAGAACGAUGCACGGAAACGCGAUGAUCGGUUAAAUAAGAAAUUAAAACUGGCAUCCCAAGAUAGGAAAUUGAGAAAUGUUCACAAUAAGGAAAUAAAAGACACUGAAAAGAUAAAUAGCAACGCUCGGGUUAAUAAUAAAAAAUCAACUAUUUUAAAAAAGAUGACUGGAACAGAAAAGGUGGGUUAUGAAAAACCGAGCUGUGCGAGUUCAGAUGCAAAAGUCGAAAUUCCUCCCAACUGUACCUUACAGAAUGAUGGCUGCUCAAACAUUAAAGAACGUUCUCAACAGCCGCUACAAGGGGUAAAUAUAACAAAUCUCGUGGUUUGUCAGAAUUGUGAAAAUAUUAAUUGCAGCAAAAAUCCGCAACAAUUAAACAGUACCGUGAAAAAAGCUUCAGAACAUAAAAUCAUUAACCAUGAGAAAGAUAAUGAACGGACAAAAUGUAAAUCGUGUCAUAACUUUGAAAAAGCAAAAGGAUGCUUCAAGAAGGAAAAUCCUAUCGAGACGAAAAAUGAAAUCUCUGAACCAGAAUUGAAACUAAUAUGUGGACAAUGUAAUAACCCUUAUCUGAAGAUCGCACCGGUUCGUAAAAAAUGUUCAGAUACUUGCAAGAAGGAAGAACGAAAUAAAAUUAAGAAUUCCGUGACAUGGAAACAAUACAGAAAUAUCGUUCGUGGUUCCAAGAAUUGUUGUACGCAGACUGGAAGCAAAAUGCAUGCUUCUAGGGGUGACCUUGGACAAACGGCAUGUUUGACUAAAAGUAGAAAUAAUGUAUUGAAAAGAGAUAGUUGCGAUGGUCCUGAAGAUGUGAUUGAAAUCAAUGAGGAAGAGAUAAUUCCAAUGGAGAAACUAUACGAAAGGGAAUUACCAGAAGAUACUCCUAGAAGGAGAAUAAAAAGAAGAAAAAGCAGAAGGAAAAGCAAUGGAAUGAUUAGCAACGAAAAAUCUAAAGUUAAACAAUUUCAACAAGUAAGAUUUGAUCCGACCUUGAGGGAUGCCAUAUCUGAUAGUGGAGAGUACGCAGAUGUAUCCGAUAACUUUAUAGGCAGUAAUACUAGUAUCACAUCUCAGGAUAAAUUGUCGGUGACUUCAAUAACUUUUAUACGACGGCUGAAGAGAACAAUACCGAUAAGGAAACUAUAUCGAGAAUUAAAAUUAGAAAAUCAUCAUCGUCCUAGAUGGGAAAUAUCGAAAUCGAACCAGAUAGAUUUCGAACAUGAUUUAGAAGACGAAAUGAUGAAUAGUAACCAAAGCAAUACUGAAUGCAACGCAUUGUAUUGUUCUGACCUUGAUGACAAUGAUAAAGAAAUUCUUAGAGUUAAUUGUCUGGAAUAGUUUAUAGCAUUCGAAAUAUAUGUGUAAUUAUUAUUUUACAUUUUCAGUUCUAACAAAGCAUUAAUAGAGAAAACAAUUAAAACUGAACCUAACUUAAUUAUCUUGCAAAUCAGAUUUCAAAAUUGAAUUUUAAUCUUAAAUUUAAUCUGCAGUAGAACAUGCGUUUAAAACAAUAUGAAUUCUUUAGGUAUUAUCGAUCAAUCCAACAAUAAAGUUCAAUGUCAGCCAAUCUAACAAGUGUUAGAUUAAAACUUUAAAUUCCAGAUUAGUCACAGAUCAAAAGUUGAAACAGGACUGAACAAUUAUUUUAAGGACACUGAUGUACAGAAAUAUAUACUUCUAAUAAGAUUGUAAUAUUUAAAUGUCUGAUUUUAGUGAUAUGAUAAUUAAAUAAAAUUGCAUAAAAAUGAAUGGCAACAUGUUAUUUAUAUACGUCCACGGAGUCGUAACUCGUAAGUAUACGCAAAAUUCAUGGAUUUCAUUUUGGUUUCUUGUUUCAUAUUUUUUUAAACAAUGUAUACAUAUUUCUUUUAAAUAAAUACUAUAACAAACAUA